AUAAGAAUCAUCAAGUUUAUAAAUACUAUUGACCGUUGCAACGGUGCUCCACAUAUAUCCACUCCUUCUUCCCGCCAAUCUUCACUCCUAGCCCUCCGGACAAAUGUCCAACACAGCGAGGGAUAUUGUCGAAUAUGCCUACGACAACAUCACAGAAUGGUACCUAGAAUGGGUCAAUAGCCAGAAGUCGCCGCGAGAGAGAUACACCAAGAUGCUCCUCGCGAAACUUCAACCAUCGCCCUCCAUCCUAGAGCUCGGCUGCGGCCCCGGAGUGCCUAUCUUGAAAAUGCUUCUCGAGCACGGCGCGGAAGUAGUCGCAAAUGACAUCUCCACCAAGCAGAUCGAGAUGGCCAAGGCGCGGUGUCCGAGGGCGAAGCUGGUUGCAGGCGACAUGACUGCCCUGGAUUUCGAGCCGGCGAGUUUCCAUGGGAUAGUCAGUUUCUAUACGCUGUUUCACCUGCCGCGGGCAACGCUCAAAGACAUGCUCACUAAGAUAUACGGUUGGUUGAAGCCUGGAGGUGUCUUUGUGCUGAAUCUUGCGACGAUGGAUGAAGCAGAAAUCCAUGGCGAAUUUCUCGGAUAUGGAAUGUUCUGGAGUAGCUAUGACGUGGAUAAGAAUCGGGCAAUACUGGAAGAGACUGGUUUUGAUGUAUUGCAGGCGGAGGUAUUGCACGCAGGCGAUGGGAAGUUGGAGGAGGGUGAUCCGGACUUUGAUGCCGAAUUUAUGUGGGUGAUGGCACAGAAGAAGGCAUCUCCUACGUAAUGGGAGGCUACAAGGAUUAUGAAGUUAUGUAAACGUUAAGCAGGAUGAAC